AUGUGGUGGUCCGUUACUCCAGAGCAGCUCGCUAUGCAUACAGCUGAGCGCUGCUCCUGCGAUUUGUUGCUAGACGGCUUUGCUGGGGCUGGAGGCAACGCAAUUGCCUUUGCCAGGUCUUGUGGAUUCGUCCUCGCCUGCGAAAUCGAUAAGGCACGAAUCGGACUUGCGAAGGCCAACGCUGCAGUUUAUGGGCGUGAUGUGGCCUCCCGUAUGGAUUUCAUCCUUGGAGACUUUGCAACGCUCACCUCGCGCCAGCUCCGCAAGGGCAUCUUUGAUUGGGCUUUCUUGGCACCCCCUUGGGGAGGCCCUACAUACAAUGCCCGGGAGGUCUUUGACUUACGCGAAAUGGGAGGACAAAUUGACUUCCGCCUUGCGCUGCGACUCGCCCAGCGCGUCGCCCCACGCGUUGCUGCUUUCUUACCUCGCACGGUGCCCCUCUUGCCGAUGCUCCGCGAGGCGGUGUUGUUCAGCUUACGCGACGAAAAGGAAAGAAAGAAGGCUUUGUCAUCUGAGGAUCCGAACCAGGAGGCCGCCACCUCAGUUGCAGAAGUUCGUGCUGCCAACGCUACAGCGGAUGACCAAGAGAGUGGAGAGGGAGGCGAGUCUGCUCUCCGGCAUCCAGCGAAGCCUUGGCUGCAUAUAGAAUUGGCUGUCAGUCGAUCAAGGCGGGACGCAGGAAGCGUGUCAUUUGAUCGACUCGAGAGCUACGAAGACCUCGUACACCUGGCGUCUGGCCUUCGUCGCGUUUUCUCCAAGGCGCCGAUCUCGAAGCUUUUGGUAGAUCCUGUCGAUUCAUGUGACUUAGUGCCAUCUGCUGGCCUUGUAGAAGAGAAAGGAGAGCUUGAAUCUAGCGCGAAGCGGAGAAGAACGGCCAAAUCUGGUAAAGGGGUGCCGGAACUGUGCGAGGCUUCCCAUCCACCAAAGGCUCACGACCGGCGCUGGCAAGCCGAGGAAGCAGCGAAAGAAGAGUUUGAGCUUUUUGGCGAACGCAGUCAGCUAGGCACGUGCGGAGUCCUUGUGGACGCCGUUGCGGAACGGUGGAAGGUGUACAAGGAGCUCGACCUCUCCCCAACGGAGUGGCGGUGGCUCCCUGUGGAUUUGCUGUGGGGGGCGGCUCCACUAACCAGGGGCUCCAUCAGUGACCCUUUUGCGCGCCUUAGUCGACUCGUCCUUGCUGCAAAGAAAAAUGAAGAGCAGGAGGAAGAACAGCAACAACAAGAGCAGGAAGGACCCUGUUGCCUCCGAGCACCGUUGAUGAAGGAGCUGCAGGCAUCCCCCGUACCAUGUAUUUGCCGCGAGAUUUCUUCGUGGCGCUGGCGCGCAGUGGGGCUAAUGGCCUUCUUUGGCGCCUCCUCGGAGAAGCGUGACACUACUCAAGGUGACCUUUGCGCCGAUGCAAAAAAACCCUCAACGCUGUUCGCAAACACGGAAGCCUCCGGUACUUCCACGAAGCUAGCAGCAGGUAAGGAGUCCGUAAACGGGGACAUAGUGCAUGAGGAGGUACAGCGAAAGAUGCGGCGACGGGCACUGAAGGCGGAGUUGCAGACUCUGCUUCAAGACGCGCUUCACCUUUCAGGCCUCAUGGAUCCGGAUGCUGUAGUCCUGGGGCAGAGGAGCCAGCCGCUUACAUUGAAAUCAGAAUCAGCACUUGCUCCGAGUGCAGGAGCGCAUCCCCAUUCAAAAAAUACAGCAACUGAGGUAUUCGUAUCCCCGGAGGAGCUGAAAUCGAAGCCGUCACCCGACACAGGGAGAACUCGUGUCGUUUGUGAGACGCCGAAUAUACAACAAAGCAGUCAUGCGAUUUCGGCGAGCAGUCUCGCAUGUUUUGCUCGGCAGACUGUUGAAUCGUGCUCUAUUUCGAAUGGGAGGGUCUGCAAUUGCUUUUAUUCACAAAAGAAUGCAGAAUGGCGUCAGCAACCGAGAAGGGGGCUCCUGCCACCGGAGAGCAGCCACGCAUCAUCUCCAAACAACGGGGAUAAUACAGCCAUUUGUACUGCAAUACCCCGUAGUGAGUGGAGGACCUUUGAGCGUCGUCUCAUUGCCACAGGCAGCAGAAAGCUCUCCAAGGCCCGCGGGAAUUGCAGCUGUUCCAGAUGUAGCAAUAAGGGGGCCUCAGAGGAUUCCUACGAUGACAGGGCAAAGACAAGAUGCACGUGGAAGUCAGCUUUGUGGAGUGAGUGCGAAAAGCUCGUACACAUUUACCUGACAGCUGCCUGCAGUUGCACCACGACGCUCCGCCUCGCUGUCAGGCCACCCAUAGGCAAGAAGAAACGAAGAAAGCGGGCGCAGAAAGUGCCGCUCUUUGCGGAACCUUUGCAACCGGAUGCUCGUGCGCAGUUUCUGAAACGCGUUGGCGAUGCAUAUGCAUCGGCCUGCUGGGGCCAUGAGGCUGCAGUGACGGCAUACGCAACAGACCAGACAGAUACGAGAAAUAUGUUUGAGGGGACCCCUCAAACCUCAGACAUUCCUGCAGGUGAUGCACAGUCCUCGAAUAGGGCAAUUGGUGACAGCCAGGCUGCGCUGCUUUGGACCCCUGAGGAAGUCCUGCAUUGGCAGUUCAGCUGUAGCAUGUGGUGCAACUCAGCUCUGCGGCUGCUUGUUGCUCAGCGUGUAAGAACUCUUUUGGAGUAA